AUGUUUUUCUUCGGCCUAGGGAAACUCUUCUACGUCGUCAUCCUCUUCAUCAACUCCCUGGCCAUCCUCUCCGAGGACCGUUUCCUCGCCAGAAUCGGCUGGGGCCGCAUGCAAGCCGAUCCAGCCUUCGGCGCAACCUACGACAACACCAGCGUCAAGGCCAAAACCAUCAAUCUGAUCGCCAGUGUCCGGACCGUCAUGCGAACUACACACGAGCAUAUCUCCCUCGCGCAAACCCCUCAUCUCCCGCACUACACCGCGAGUCACAAAUAA